UGAUGACCGGGGUCAAAGAUGAGGAUUUCCCAAAUCAAGAUAUGUGUUUGUUUAUGGCCAAGGGGAACUACAAUCUUUUUUAUAUAUAACCAACAACGAUCACUUUUAAUUAAUCAGUUUUGCUCUCAUAAUGUUCCAAACAAUCCAGCUUGUAAUUUUACUCUGCUUUUCUCCUCUUUUUGUUAACUGUUGUCCUAAAAUAAUUACCAGAGAAGAAUGGGGCGCAGAAAAAGUGUCAGACAUAGUGAAUCUUCAGGAGAAUCCUGCUCCUUUUGUGGUCGUGCAUCAUUCGGUUACUCCCACUUGUAACACAGAAAAAAAGUGCAAAAGCAGAAUGAAGAGUAUUCAAGAGUAUCAUAUUAACGAAGCCAAUUUUGGAGACAUUGGUUACAAUUUUUUGAUUGGAGAUGACGGCAACGUUUAUGAAGGGAGAGGAUGGAAUGUAAGAGGAGCACAUGCACCUAAUUAUAAUUACAGGAGCAUUGGCAUUUGUCUCAUUGGCAAUUUUCAAGAAUCCCCACCAAGCGAUUUACAAUUAAAAUUGUUGAAGGAACUUAUUACUUGCGGAGUGAAAGGAGAAAAAAUUUUAACGAAACAUAAAGUAAUCGGUCACAAACAAGUUAGAGCGACUCUGUGUCCUGGGAAAUAUUUAUACGACAUCAUUAAAAGUUUUCCCAACUGGGAAGCUAAUCCUAAAUAGAGUGCUAUAAUAAAAC